AGCAAGACUGUUAUGGCGUCGACAAGAAGUAUUGUCGAGUACCUCGGCGACCAUGAACGUUAUCGUUGUGGUUACUGCGGAUCCUCGGAUACUAAUUAUUCCCAUGGUAUGUGGGCUCAUUCCAUGACAGUACAGGACUAUGAAGACCUCAUCAACAGAGGCUGGAGGCGAAGUGGCAAGUACUGCUACAAGCCCACCAUGAAGGUGACGUGCUGUCCACACUACACAAUCAAACAAGAUGCUCCUAAUUUCAAAAUAACCAAAUCCCAUAAAAAGGUUAUAAAACGGGUGAACAAGUUUCUUAUUUAUGGAAUAAAGAAAAGCGAUGAGAGUGAUAAAGUAGACGAUGAAAGUGAACCAUCUGACACACAUGUUGGUGAAAAUCUUGAACGUUUAGAAAAUAUAUUACCCAGUGACUUAAAACUUAAAGCUGAUGGCGUGAAGCUCAAAACAGACUUGAAAGGUUCAGUUCAAAGAUCAGUUCAAAGGGAGAUGUCACUGAUAAAGGUUCAUCAUCCGCCAUGGCCAGCACAAGCAAACAAGCUGAGCAAAGAAAAGGCAAUGGAUACAGAAGUUAAACAACCCCAUCAACCUCAGCCAGGUUCAGGAGCAGACCCAAGUCGGCCUCCAAGUAGAAAGGCCAAGGAUAUACGCAGGGAGCGGAAACUACAGAAGCUGUCAGACAAGGGAGUGGAUGCGGAGGCAGCUGCAGCAGCUGUACAAAGCAAGAAGCUACAGCGCAUGGACUCGGAAAUGAAGAUGUUAGAGGAUUAUCUCAAUGAACCAGAACAGGCCCCAAGCGUCGCUCACAAACUCCAGAUCCGACUUGUGCGAUCAUCGCCCAAAAGUGAAGAGUUUGUGUCGUCUUUCAAAGCUGCCCACACUGUUUAUAGCAAUUACCAAAUGACCAUUCACAAAGACCCACCAGGAAAACCCAAUCAGAAACAGUAUACACGCUUUUUAGUGGACUCUCCAUUACAGACACGACUCGUACUUGUAAACCCCCACUCAAAUGACUACAGAACAAGUUUUACUGAAUCCCACCAAGUGUUUAAGAAAUACCAGAUGUCUGUUCACAAAGAAGGCGAAAGUGACUGUAGUAAGCAAAACUUCACGGAAUUCUUGGCAAACUCUCCAUUGGAGCCAAUGAGCAGAGAUGGAGGCCCUACACAAGGGUACGGAUCGUUCCAUCAACAUUACAUCCUCGAUGGUAAGAUCAUCGCAGUCGGCGUCAUUGACAUCCUUCCUCACUGCAUAUCAUCAGUCUACCUCUACUAUGAUCCAGAGUACAGCUUCUUGUCCCUGGGGACCUACUCAGCUCUAAGGGAGAUAGCGUUUGUGCGGGAACUGCAACAGAGGACACCGGAGCUGAGGUUCUACUACAUGGGCUUCUACAUACACUCCUGUCCCAAGAUGAGAUACAAGGGUCAGUACUUUCCUUCCUACCUGGCUUGUCCGGAGGCCUACACCUGGGUCCCCAUCGACAAAUGUCGGCCCAAGCUGGAUGCAAGUCACUAUGCCCGACUAGAAGAGGAUGGUGUAGAGGACGACAAUGGCAACAUUGACCUGGACCGUGUACUGGUUCUCUACGACUCCGAGGCCAUGCCAUACGAGGUGUACAGUUUCCUGAAACCCAACGAUGAGGCGGAAGUGAAGGAGUACGCCAUGUUAGCGGGGAAGACGUGUGCAGAACGGAUGUUGCUGUUCAGGAAGUAGAACCUAGGGAGAGAAAGCAGGCUGCAGGAUCACACUGAUGUAUGGGUGGCGAUCGAAGUGUGUCCUUUAUACAUGCAGAUGGCAGUCUUGAAGUGGUCUUUGUACGUACAGGUGCUUGUAUUGAUAUGUCCUCUGUAUAUACAGGUGACUGCUUCUAUGACCUCCGUAUGUACAGGUGAGUGCUUCUAUAUGACCUCCGUAUGUACAGGUGACUAUCUCGAUAUGUGCUCUGUAUGUACAGGUGACUGCUUCUAUAUGACCUCCGUAUGUACAGGUGACUAUCUCGAUAUGUGCUCUGUAUGAACAGGUGGCUAUCUUCAUAUGUUACCUGUAUGCACGAGGUAGUCACAGUAUGUGUUCUGUAUGCAUAGAAGGCUAUCAUAAUGUGUGUUCUGUAUACUAGGGUGAUUGUGUGUUGGAGCAGUGGGUUCACCAAGCAUAGUGCAGUGUUGUAGGUCACUCCCUGGUCUUGACUGCUGUCAUUCUCUUGCUGCAAUAUGGCAGUGUGACAAACUGCCUAACUCACUCAUUCAGAAACCAUAGACAACUAUUGCUACUAGUCCUUUUCAUGUAUUACUUGAGAAAAUGAUGCUUGUAAUUACCAGCAAUGAAAUUGCACUUCAUGGCUUUGUCUGUGUCAAACAUUAGAGAAACUUACAGUUGUGCUUCUCCGAACUCAUUGAAACAACUCUAUAUUUAUACCUGAUGCAAUUUUUUCUGAUGUUUGGUGUUCUUGGAGUAUCGAUCCAUUUCCAUUCACUGAUUUGCUUGUAUAGAAGUAGUGUACAUAUUUCAGUAUCGACAAUUUGAUACUCAUACCACACCAGGUAUUGUGUGAUCUCAGAGUAUCUUUUGUAUUUAAUGUGUAUUGGAUGUUGAUGACAUGCAGUUGUACAUGUAGAGGCCACUGUGAUGGGACCCUAUUUAAUGCUUUGCUAGACUAGGCUACAGAAAUGGAUUUUAUGUCAACACAAGGCUGUGAUUUUUAGUGAAAAGUGUCUAACACUUCACUAACCAUUUGUUAAUUUAGAUUUUCAUGUUCAAAUUACAAGCAGCAGAGAAGAUAUUAUUUAACAUAUUUAGGAGAAACUGAAGCUUUCGUUGUUUGUUGUCUGGUUAUCCUUGGAUUGUGAACAUUUUCCUUUUACUUAAGCAUUGUUAGAAUUGAUUUGUUAAGCCUAAGAAGUAAUUUGUCCCUUAUGAAAUUGACACUAUUAAAUCGAAUUUUGGACUACA